CUCUUUAGUAAUAAGUAAUCUAUGAUCAUGUGACUUGCGAGCAUUAGCGGAAGUGUUUUGCCAGAUGCAGCAGGUGACUCGAUGAAAAAAAAAACAGAAGUGAUAAGCUAGUUUCAGAAUAGUUUUAAUGUCUUAAUUUACCGACACGCUGUAGAGAGUUCAGCACGGGAACUCGUCCCCUCUCAUCCGUUCGUCCCCGAGUGGCUGUCUGUGACCCGCGUAUCGACACCCUCUGGAUCCUCCUCCCGCCAUGGCGAUCUUGUUUGCUGUGGUAGCCCGUGGUACCACGAUUCUUGCCAAGCAUGCCUGGUGUGGGGGGAACUUCCUGGAGGUCACAGAGCAGAUCUUAGCCAAAAUACCCUCAGAAAACAACAAGCUGACGUACUCCCAUGGCAGCUAUCUCUUCCACUACAUAUGUCAAGACAGGAUCAUAUACCUGUGCAUCACUGAUGAUGACUUCGAGCGGUCACGGGCAUUCAGCUUUCUCAGCGAGGUGAAGAGGAGGUUCCAGACCACGUAUGGGUCCCGCGCACAAACGGCGCUGCCCUAUGCCAUGAACAGCGAGUUCUCGAGCACACUGUCAGCACAAAUGAAGCACCACUCGGACUCGAGGGGCUCAGACCGCGUGACGGAGACGCAGAUGCAAGUCGACGAGUUAAAGGGCAUCAUGGUCCGCAACAUCGACCUGGUGGCCCAGAGAGGGGAGAAACUGGAGCUGCUGAUAGACAAGACUGAGAGCCUGGUCGAUUCUUCUGUCACCUUCAAAACCACCAGCCGCAAUCUGGCGCGUGCCAUGUGUAUGAAGAACCUGAAGCUGACAAUCAUCAUUGUGGUGGUGUCCAUUGUCAUCCUCUACAUCAUCGUGUCCGCAGCCUGCGGAGGCCUGAGCUGGCCCAGCUGCGUGAAGAACUGAGAGAGAGCCACACCGCACCCCCACCUGCUCCACAAUCUCAUCUGACCAGAUCCGGUCUGCUUGGGGGGACCCUAACCACUUACGAGACCACGCCCCGCGUCAACUGAACCCAACCUCACCUUUCUUCGCCCCUCCGCCUUCUGUCCUCCAUUACGGCUCCGCUCCUCUGAGGGAGACGAGGCACGGCCGCUCUCGCCUCACCGUCAGGACGCGCCCGAGCGUGGAGACGCGGCAGCCCAAAUGAGCAUCGCCUGGCAUCGCCCGCCACAUUCGGACACAAGGCUGACGGUUCAUCGCUGUACAGGUUGUGAUUAAUUGGCAUUUACUCAUGGAAUGAUUGUUCUGUUUAGGCAAACGGGCAGUUCUGUGACGGUUAUAGAUUUCAUUAUUACUCUUGUGGUCUGGCUUUGCUGAGACUAGAAUGAAGACCCAAAGGUGAUGGUGCCAAAAGACCGAGGUAAAGCGCUCUCGAGGGAAUGUUGCCAGACGCUUUGGCGUACUGAUUUUAUCUCCAGUCUAAGCAAUGUCAUUAAGUAAAAACAAUGUCAUUAACUGGUCCCUGCAUGUGUUAUUUACUGUCAUUGUUAUGUAUGCAGUGUAGUUCCUACAUGGUUAAUUUCCGUGGAGAUGGUUAUAGAUGCUAAGACCGCUUUGAUACAUGCAGUAUGUGAUGUUCAUACAGUAUUUGGAACUUACCAGCCCUGGCUAAUGUCUCCCAUAAUAUCUUGUUCGAAUUCCUUUAUAGAGCAACGAUUUCUUGGUUUAGGCAACCCUCUAAAUCACAAAGGUAGGUAAACUCCAAAGCUGACAACAUCUACGUUUGUGUACUUGGGUUGGUUUACAUGGGAUCCACGCUUGUAAUCAUUACGCAUGUUGAGUAAACGACAGGUUUGCUGCGUUUGACAGGCAUGACCAAUAGAUUUGCUGAAUGAUUGACAGAUAUGCGGAGCGAGUGCGUUGUCUGCCGUGUUAAACUAGAGCACUCUGUCCGUCAGCCAUUUUCUGUAGGUUCUGCUUUUGAGGAGCAUGACUGGAGCGAAAUCCAAUUGCCACAUUGCUCUGUGUCAGUGAAUGAAUUCUGUGAAUACAGAUUAGUGAAGCGGAUGAGGUCAUGAACCUGGUGACCCGACGGGACUCCCCGAGCCAAUAUCUAGCCUAAAUGACUUUGUACAGAGCAGGAGAACUCUCAGAUAAUUAAUAUAUUAAUAUUCCAUUAUCUUCCACUAUGUCACCAUUUAUAUUUUCACAUUUGUUCUGAUCACCAUGUUGCUGUAACUUGUAUUUUGAAUUUGUUUGCUAAUUUUGUACCUGGGGUGGCACCUAAUAGAAGUUAAGAGAUGGUGGGUCAAGUCCUACCAAGUCUCUCACAUUCUGAGGGGAAAAAAACUAUCAUUCCUUCAAUAUACAUGCCUAGAGGGCAAGAUGAAACUCCAGCUUGAUUGACAAGAGCAUUUCUGUGUUUCUUGUGGUUUUUACAUUGCCAGCUAAUAACCAUUAUAUUGAGCAUGUCUGUAUGUUGAGUCCUCCCUUUUCAAUAAGUAUCUCUAGGUACUGAUACAUGUUGAUCAGUAGACCUGGCCUUGCCCAGUGCCUGUAAUUGUCCCAACCCUGAAAGGGUAAGCAAGGACAGGACUGUUCCGGAAUGUUCCAGGCAGAUUACACGUGCGCAUCUGAAAACAUUGCUGGGAUCCAAGGGUGGCUCACUCAUUGCAUCAGACCGGUAUUCUCUGAGGCCACUAAAUAAAAUGUGGUCCAGAUUGCCCCGGUGUGCAGUAGACGCAAAAUAGUGUCUGAUUUGUGGAAUGUUCAUUCCAUAAUUUGUCUGGGUCACUGGAUCCAGGUGUACAUUUGUUUGUAAGUGUAAAGCACUUUUAACCACCAUUUUUUUUCUUCCUGCCAUCAUCAGUUGAUUUUGUUAUUUAAUGAUUAUUUUAAAUGCAUAGUAAAAUAAAGUUGUCAAUGUUG